AUGGAUAACAAUUCUCAAAAGAAAACCAGUUUCUUCAAUCCUUAUUCCAGUACUGACCCGUCGAUGGCAGCCGGGGUCAAUGUUGGGGGUAUGGGCAGCAUGAUGUCUCCGUAUCUGAACUUUGACCCAGCAUAUAUUGGUGCUGAAAGUGGGUCUGAUUUCAUCUUUCCAGAAGGAGCCAGUCGACAAAGGGGAAGAUUAGAACUUGCUUUCUCACAAAUUGGUGGUUCUGUAUUUGCAGGUGCUGCUGUUGGAGGCUUAAAUGGUUUAUACUCAGGUUAUCGGGACACAAGUUCAGCAGCAUUGACAGGAGCUGUACGGCGUACACAAAUGUUAAAUUACAUUACGAAACAAGGGGCUUCAUCCGGACAGUCAUUGGGUGUCAUUGCCCUCAUGUACAGCGUGAUUGGCGUAUUGCUUCAACUUGGUCGAGGUGUUGAUGAUGAACUUAACACAUUAACUGCUGCUACAACCACAGGUCUCCUCUAUAAAUCUUCGGCUGGUGCCAAAAAAUGUCUUCGUGCAGGAGGUUUAGGAUUCACUUUAGCUGCUGCCUACUGCCUUUUUACCAAUGGUGACAGAAUCAAAACUCUAUUCGCCUCUGACAACUAA